GUUUUCCGUUAUUAUGUCAUCUCUAAUGUAAAGACUGAUUGAAAGUGAUUUCAGUGACAAAACCCAUUCAUCUGAAACCCAUUGUAGACAUCAUCUGAUUAUUUCCCAUCGCAUUCAAUGUCGCUUUCAUUUAAUCGUAUUCGUCGGCCAAAUGCCGGUUCAAAGAUGUCACAGCUGUUGGACACUGAAGAAUAUGUCGACCAGUUUUAUGACAAAAUUUACGGCGGGUUUCAAGAGGAUGACAACGACACGGACUUCAAUAGUGAUACCACUGAUAGUGACGAUAGCGUUGAUUCUGACUUUUCAAUUGAUGAAAAUGACGAACCGAAAAGUGAUACAGAAGUUGAUGAUAAAAAUAAAAGUGAAAGAAAACGCAUAACAACUGUCGCUACGGUGAAGAAGACCAACAAGAAUAAGAAGUCAACUAAAUCUGAGAUUAAAAGUGCAAUUAUAGAGAAAGUUCCGCUCGAGUUAGACAUCCCUGAGAUGAGAAAAAUCAUUACAAGACGUGAAUUAAGGAAUCCUAAAGUUUUGAAAACUGGAGAUUUAAAUAAAUCUAUUUACAGUCCUUUAAAUAAAUCCAAACCUCUUAAAGAAAAAAUUGUGCCAAAAGUAUUGACACAAAAGGAGUUAUUAGAAGAGGCGUUAAUCACUGAAAAACAAAAUUUGAAAUCACUUGAAGAGUAUCAGAGAAAUCAGUUCGAGAAAAAUCAGAAGACAUCUAAAUUUAUUGAUAAACAUGUGAUUAAUGGACCUUUUAUUAGAUAUAAUUCAAUAGCAAUGCCUUUGAUACAAGAAAUCGACAACAGUUUAGUCGAUGAUUGCAGUUCUCAGUCGGAUAAUAGACAACAUUCGCGAACAUUCAUUACAUUUAGUGACAAUCAGACAUUUGAUUCAUUCAUUAAUUCAUUGUCAAAGACAAAGAUAAAAGAGACGCCAAAUGAUAUCUGUCCGGUGACUAACCUACCGGCGCGUUAUUUCGAUCCCAUCAGUCAAUUGCCGUUUGCUAACAGUAUAGCAUUUAAUACUAUUCGGGAUCAAUACUACAAGUAUCUGGAGAUUUAUGGAAAUACUAACCAAAUGGAUAUCAAACAAUGGAGUAAUUGGCGUCUUCAUUAUGAAGACCAAUGGAAAGAAUGGACGCAGAAGUAUAACUCAGUCGACGAAACGGUUCCACUAAAUGAAAAUGAUUGUGAAUCUCAAUCUAUUCAAAUUGAGCCAAAUCUCAUCCAAUGUGUUGAAUCUGUGCCUAAUAUACGCAAAACAACGACAACUCGUAAGAGAAGAAGACGUUAAUAUAUUUGCCUUAUUUUAUAUCAAAUUCAUUGAAUAUUUGAUUCAAUUGUCUUAUAAUCUCUUUUUAAACAUUUACUUUAUGUGAUAAUAC